UCUGUGCAGGAGUAUUAUGGGCUGUCUGGAAUUCACUCCGCGAGACAGGGGAGAAAAAUAUCUAGCGUUCACCACCAAGCUUUAGUUAACGGUAGCUGGAUUGAAGUAAACAUGGAGCUGUCUGCAGUUGGGGAACGGGUUUUCGCAGCCGAAUCUAUCAUCAAACGCCGAAUAAGGAGAGGUCGGAUGGAAUACCUUGUGAAAUGGAAGGGCUGGUCACCGAAAUUUAGCACUUGGGAACCGGAGGAAAAUAUCUUGGACUCCCGCCUCUUCGUCGCUUUCGAAGAGAGGGAGCGCGAAAGGGAACUCUUUGGGCCCAAAAAGAGAGGCCCGAAACCGAAGACAUUCCUGCUAAAGGCUCAAGCUAAAGCCAAAUCAUACGAGUUCAGGAGCGAUGCGGUCCGGGGGAUACGUGUGACCUACCCGACCCCAGAGCCUGUCAUCACCCCCAGAGCCCGAGAGGGGCUGAGGGCCGUGGUCCCCACCAUCUUUCCACCCAGCACCGUCAACAGGGGCGAGAGUGUGCGGGUCAGGCCCCCAGAACCAGUCCGAGAGCACCGCCAACCAGUCCUCCAGAGGCCCCUAGGCCCCGAUGGCUUUGUGAUUGUCCCCAAGAAGAGAGGGCCCAAACCCAAGCUGCGAUUUAAGGACAAUCCCUUCAAUGCUACUUCUGCCGCCACAGAGCUCCACAAGAGGAGGGCAGAGGAGCAGGCAACAUACGGUCCACUCAAACUGGCCAAGCUGGGCCUGUCUGGUGGUGAAGAGAGGGAGUCUGAGAUGAGGGGGAUUAAACUAGCCCACAGGCACCAGUUAGAGCUGGGUGGUUAUCCCCACAAGCAGAUGAGGCCCGUGGCUAGUGGGAGCACACAGCAGCACUCCGGCCCAGACAGGGGCUUGUUGCACUCACACAGAAUAGGCUCUGACUCCCAGGCCUGCAGGACUAAAGAAUGCCCCUCAAAUUACUUAUCCCCUCCACACCUAAAGCACCUAUCCAAAAAGAAUGUGCAUCAACCCAACGAUGAGCUUCCACAGAGGGGGAAGCCUUCACUCAUCGCCAAAAUCCCUGUGUCGCGGAUCCUUGGCCAAACGGACGAGGUGACUUGGAAGCCUUGCAUGAACAACGUGGAGAAGGUUCUGGUGACUGAUGUGACCACAAACUUUUUGACAGUGACUAUCCGGGAGAGUAGCACAGAUCAAGGAUUCUUCAAAGAUAAAAGAUGAUUGGCUCUGAUUUUAAUUCUCUUCAGCUCUGUCUCUCUCUGUCAAUCUUCUAUCAAAUUAUUUGGAAUAGUCCAGACUUUAUAGUGUCAUUUAUCAGUCAGAUUUUUUUAGGUAAUGUAUAAAAGCAAAUUGCAGGAUUGUAUGUGCAGAUGUGUAUAAAUAUAAUAUAGUUGGAAGUCUAUUAAAUGUAACGACCAAAAUUAAAGGAAGUCCAUUGAAGCUAAUCACCACCCAUAGGCUAUUUGAAAGAGUUGCAUGCCUUGUGUACAGCGUUUACUUGUUUACAAAUAGCUUUUAGUUUUCAACGAUCCACUUUUAAACUAACAGUAUACUUUGUCAGACCGGCUAUAUUUGUGUCAAACUAGUACCUUUUAAAUGUUAGAGGUAUAAUGUGGGAGCAUUUGUAAUUUGAUUUCACAUGUCCAAUGAGAAAAAUCUAUAUGGAGAAAUCCUAGGCCAAUUACAUGCCAUUUCAAUAUGGAGAAAUCCUAGGCCAAUUACAUGCCAUUUCAAUAUGGAGAAAUCCUAGGCCAAAUACAUGCCAUUUCAAUAUGGAGAAAUCCUAGGCCAAUUACAUGCCAUUUCAAUAUGGAGAAAUCCUAGGCCAAUUACAUGCCAUUUCAAUAUGGAGAAAUCCUAGGCCAAUUACAUGCCAUUUCAAUAUGGAGAAAUCCUAGGCCAAUUACAUGCCAUUUCAAUAUGGAGAAAUCCUAGGCCAAUUACAUGCCAUUUCAAUAUGGAGAAAUCCUAGGCCAAUUACAUGCCAUUUCAAUAUGGAGAAAUCCUAGGCCAAUUACAUUCUAUUUCAAUAUGGAGAAAUCCUAGGCCAAUUACAUGCCAUUCCAGUUUGAGGUGUAGCUUACCCUAUUAAUUUCAAAAGUUUAUCAAGCACUUUUUGGAAGGUUUAAUAAAAAGUGAAUCAAAUCUGUCUUGUUGACCUACAUGUCCUCUAUAAGAGUUUAUAUAGCCUUUACAAUGCUAUAGGUCAGUAGUUGAGCAGAUGUCGGUCUUGUUUCCAGAUUUUAUAAGCUGUUAAUAAAAAUGGGAAAGGUGCUUGAUGUUUAUGACGCUGUCUUUGUCGAAGAACGUAUAUUGACAUAUUAUACAUAAGGUCUUUCUGUUGACAUCUGUGGUGGACAAAUAAAUGAAAUGCUUUCAGUGUAACAGGAUGAUCACAACCUGAUGUCACAGUUUGCUUUUGAGAUGCUUUCCAGUAAACUCGUUGCAAUUGUC